CAAAUUUAAUUUCUAAUGCUAUAAUUUUAUUUUAUUUUUACAUUGUGUUUUUAUUGUGUGUUCUACUGUGUUAAAUGUGUGAUUAUACUUGUAAGUAAAAGUGUUUAUACGAAAGCCAGUUGCAUCCUCUGAACAUUUCAUUACUCUAUCAUCAUGGAAACAGCGGCCGUCUCAUCGGUACCUAAAGAAAUUGUGCAAUUAAUCCCUUUGUUUGGUGGUGAUAAAAGACAAUUAAAUCUUUAUUUGCGAAAAUGUCAAUAUGUGAUUGAUCGGUUUAAGGGGAGUGAUGAACAAAAUCUUUACGUUUUUAAUGUUAUAACGAGUCGCUUGAAAGAUGAUGCAGCUGCGCUUCUCUCCGAACGGGAGGACAUUGUUACGUGGUCCGCGUUAAAAGAUUUGUUAAUACAGCAUUUUGGAGACCCGCGCAGCGAAGCUUGCAUAAGUGUUGAGUUAGAGUCAUUGAAAAUUUAUCCGGGUGAAAGUUUCCUCGACUUUUGUAAUAGAAUCCAAACUGUGCGUUCGUUAUUGAUGUCCAAAGUAAAUGCAUGCGACGACUUGGAGAUGAAACGUUCCAAGGCAAUUAUAUAUAAUAACACAGCUCUUAACGUGUUUCUGUAUAAUCUUCCCGAACAUAUGGUUCGAGUUAUUAGACUAAAGGCACCCACUUCCUUAGAAACGGCCUUGAGUAUGGUGCUCGAGGAAGUGAACUUCACGGAACAGUACAAGACGCGUAAUCGUAUGCAUGGUAAUAACCAAUUUACGAGUUCGGGUUCAAGGCCAAUUCAAUUUUAAUAACGCUCAAAUGAAGAUGCCUCAAAUGCAAGGUCAAGGUCAACCACCAAAACCAGUCAUGGGUUAUAGACCCCAAUUAGGUUUUCAGCCACAACAAUUUGGGAUUAGGCCCCCACAUAAACUUGGGUACAUGUCCCCACAACAAUUUGGGUAUAGGCCUCAACAACAAUUUGCGUACAGGCCUCCACAACAAUUUGGGUACAGGCCUCCACAACAAUUCGGGUACAGGCCUCCACAACAGUUUGGGUACCGACCCCCACAACAAUUUGGGUACAAACCCCCGCAGCAAUUUGGGUAUAAACCACCACAACCCCAACAACCAACUAACGACGUAUCCAUGAGGACAUCACAGCCUAAAAUGCAACAAGGUUUUAAGUUAAACGAAUUAACUAUGACUAACGAGGAAGACAACUUACCUUAUGACGAUUAUUAUGGUUAUGACUAUGACGAUCAAGAUAAUGUUUAUGACCCACAGUUAAUGUGUUACCCGGACUAUAAUAUAGAAUGUGAAUAUGCGAACGAACAGACAGAUGAACCAGUUUCCAACAGCAAGCCCACUGACCUUGAAGAAAAUAAUGAAGAAAAUUUUUGCAUAGCAGCCUCGAAGGAAAUAGAGAAAGGAUAGAGAUAAAUUGUGACACGAAACUAAAGUUACCCUACAUAUAUAUCCCUGAAAUUAAUGGUAAAUUCAUGAUAGAUACGGGAAGUACAAGAUCCUUUGUGAGCCCCAGUAUCGCGAACUCAUAUUUCUAUGCAUAUACUUACCAUGAACCAUUCACAGUGACAAGUACACAUGCAUCCAGUUCACAUAACGAAGUAAUUCAGAUUCCUUUAAUGCCAACAUUUAAUUGCAACAAAUCUCAAAAAUUCUACGUGUACAGUGUAGACCCAAAGUACGAUGGUUUGAUAGGCAAUGAUCUCUUAACGCAGCUAGAAGCGGUAAUUGAUUUGAAACAUAAAGAAUUAAAGACUAAAACAGUGACAAUUCCUAUUGUAUAUAACGAUACCGAGUACAUUCUCGAUUUACCAGCGCGCUCUGAAUGUAAAGUAUCAUUACCAACGAAUCAAUAUUCGGGUGAUGCUAUUCUUAAUUUUACUGAAUUUUGUAAGGGUGUAAGAAUGCCAACCGCGUUAGUAAGAUGUGUGAAUGGUUAUGCAAAAACAGUUAUUCAAAACACACUUGAUAAAAAUAUGGCCCUUAAAAUUACAGCUCCAUUUGAGGUAGUAAAGUAUGAAAAUGUAGAGUGUGAGGUUAAUUGUGUGAGUGAUAUAAGUGAAUUGGAGAUGGACCAAUUGUUAUCAGAAAAUUUGAACAAACUUAGACUUGAUCACACCAAUGAGGAAGAACGAGAAAAAAUUUACAGAUUAUGCCAUGAGUAUAAGGAUAUAUUUUACUGUGACAAAAUACCAUUGACCUUUACUAACUUGAUAAAACAUAAAAUCAGGACUAAGAAUGAGGACCCAAUUUAUGUCAAACCAUACCGACAAUCCCCAUUUGUUCAAAAUGAAA